AUGUCUUCAGAUGAGUUGAAGUCUAGCGCGCAAGUAUGGGGUGGGCCGGCAGCGACGACAGAGGAUUCUCCACCUGCUUACAGUGGCAUCAGCCAGGAAGACAACAACUCGAAUGAGGAAAGCAGUAGUGCGCCUGUUGUGCAGACCCAAACAACACGACGUCCAGCUGCACGUGUCACGUACGACCCUUUGAGAAGACUGGGACUACUGGCUACCGUCCCUUAUCACAAAUACAACAUUCCUGAUGGCGCCUUGUCCAAUGAUAAGAUGAGCUUGACCGUCAAGUACUCUGACCUCUAUGCACAGCCUCAGCAUAUGAUGCCGUUCAUUGUUGAGCAAGCACUCUUGCCACCAAAACCAAUACUUCGAGUCAUCGGGAGUCAUGGCAUGAAUACCGUCGAUUUUGACAUUACACUCAAUCUAGCACACCUGCUGAACUUGAAGCAACGCAAAUGGCGGUUCAACUCGGCGCAAGUCUCCCCGUUGCAAGGCGGUAUUGGGCCACUGUAUAGCGACGAGGACGAUCGGGUGAUGACGAUGCUCGCGACGAGUGUCAGACAGUUUUGCAGAGACAAGUCGGAGAACAAAUCUUACACCUUGACAAGAGUGGUCGAAGGGCUGCCUACUGACAUGCUGGCAGGGCAAGUAAGGAACUUGGCAGCAACCGUUAAGUAUCGAGGAGUGUUAAAGAUUGACUUUGUCUGUGAACGUUCCCAGGUCAUUGUCCAUAAACAGCCUUCGAGCUGGUUUUCCAGCAUAUUGCGAUUGCACCCGGAGAAGAAGUUUGAGCUGGCAGAAACAGUAUGGAGCUUAUUUAAUCUCUCUGACAACGAGGAAGACGUCGCAACCACCGAAGCCAGUCUUCGUACGUCCCAAGAAUGGUGGAAAAGCUGGUCAAGCACAAUAAGGAAUGCCAUGAUUGCAAAACACAAAGGAAAUAUAGGCAUAGAUGACUGGAUCGAGACUAGGAUGGGUCAUUCAGAGCCGGAGCCGAGGAUUGAAUGGGGUAAUGACAGAUCUCACGACUACUGA